AUUAAUAAUUUGGCUAGAUAAAUAUAUAUUAUUUUGUUUCCUUUAGUGUUUUGAAAGCGAAUUUGUCAGACAACGGAACUGAAAGUAGGAGGAGCUGUGUGCGACGUCAGCAGCCAUAACGCACAUGAGCUGCUGUAGUGUUAACAUAAUGUCUUUCUCAUUGUUGGCUGCUUGUGAUUUAAGUAAUCCAUGCAAUGUACUUUUACACAGUUUUUUAGGCUGGCACGUGGGCUGUAAAUUAUGAGUGAUUAUAAUAAAAACGACAUCACCACAGAACAGCGUGGCUACAAACGCUACCUGGCUGACCAAAUGGCUGUUCCAGGAAGAACACUUAGACGAUGGAAAAGGAUAAGGAACAAGGAACAAUCAAGUCAAGCAGAAACAACGGGUUCUUUAACACAUGACGAGAUUCGUACUGUAAGCAACAUUGAAGAUGAUGACAGUCUAGAAACUGAUGAAGACGUUGAUGUACCAGAAUCCAGUAAUCUAUCAGAAGAACGGGAACCUGAAAUAACCCCAAAUGAACAGGAGAAUGCAGAUCUUGAGUCAAUUACCACGGAACAGGACAUUGAGAAUCCUGGCAGUGAACCUUUUCAUUAUCUUGAUGAAUCUACACAAGAAAAGUACCUGCAAGAGGAUGACAAAGUGUAUUCGUCUCAACAACAGAAUGGCCUGCUGCUCAUGGCAUUGAAAAUGAAGCACAAGCUUACCAAGGAAGCAGUCUCUGACAUGCUGGACAUUAUUAAUCUAUUGGCUGGUAAAGACACUGUACCACAAUCUUGGUACCACUUAGAAAAACCGUUUGAAGGUUUAAAAUAUUUUGUAGAAAUACAUCAUGUUUGCAAUUUCUGUGAAUCUUACUUAGGUAAAGAAACGUACUUACUGUGAGAAAGAAUGGAUAGAGCAAAGGAGUCUGAAAGAAGGAAACUUUUUCUUUCAUUUGCCUUUACAUGCACAGAUCAAAGCAUUUUUAGAGGACCCUGAAUUGUCACAAAAGGUAGUAAGAAAUAGACAUGGCUUCCAGUCACAGACAUUCUGUGACAUAACAUUGUUUAUGCCAGCUGGUACACAGAUAGUGACCAGGCAUCCUGCAUUCCUUUUGCUAUGAAAAUGUUCUUUCAGAUCUUACACUGUAUAGAUAGGAACUCCCGUUCUCUCACCACGGCUAACUUGGUUCGAGGAACUACCGUUCCUUUCGAUUUAUGAAAAACGCCACAGGUACAAUUGUAAUAAUGUUGUAUAUAAAAGGCAGUUGUUAAAAUUCUUGUUAAAUUUUAGCCUCUGCUUAUACAUGUUUCAAACUACCAUGUGUUUUUUCUGUGCAAUGUAUUUGACCUACAAAUGUACAAUAAACAGUAAGAAAGUCUAAUGUUUUUCAUGUUGUUUUUUUAAAGCUAUUAUUUGCUUUUUUAUUUUAAUUUUUAAGUGAUAUGCAGUUAAAAUUCUAGCUCUGGCCCACAUGCAGUAUAGUAUGUAGUUUUUAACUGGCUACUAAGGUUUUUUAAUUAUUACUUUGUAAUGUAUAAUGAAAAUCCCAUAUUGCUUGGAAGAUGCCAUCACUACAUAAGUUAUUUUGAAGAUGUGAUUUACAUCAGACUUUAAUCGCAAAAGAACUUGACCAAACUCUUUGUUUCAGGGUGAGGUACAGUAUUCCACUGAGAAUUUUUAGAAUUGAUGUAUUACACAGUACAACAUGCAUGUUGUUUCUCAUACCCAGCAUAACCAGUCAGCACA